AUGCGAGCGGGCGCUGGAGCCGUGGUGGACGCCCGGGCCCUGGCGCGCCUAGGGCGUCCUGCCGCGCGUCCUCGCGCCAGCGCACUCUCUGCACCCUGCCCUAGACCCUCGCGCGGACGCGCGCCAGGCGAGACCGCCCUCUCAGGCAGCGCACGCCGCGCGGCGCGGGGAGGCUUGCAGCAGACGAGGGCCGCGGAGGACGAGGAAGUGGACGUUGAUAGCUGCUACAUUGCCAGCAUCAAUGUAGACAACGAUCUGGAGGACGAGUACACGAUCAUGCAAGUGCAGACACAGGACUACCCGGGCCUGCUGCGGAUCAUCGCGUGGGUGCUCACAGGGCUCGAUAUCGUCGUCGCGAAGGCUUCGCUCGCCACGGAAGAGGACGGGGCCGUUGACGACAAGUUCUGGCUACAGACGCGCAGCGGCCGGAAGCUCGCGGAAGUCGACGCCAAGCUCCUCGUCGAGCGCAUGUCGGACUUCAUCAACCAGUGCGUCCCAGCCACCUCGCUCCUGUCGUCCGACGUGCUGACGUCAGCCAACAUCGUCAUGGACAACAGGUCCGAGGAGAGAUUCUCGGUUCUGCACGUGUGCGUGCCGCUCGAGCAGCUCGCGCCCGGCUCGGGCUACACCUCCGCCGGGUACAUGUCCUCCGGCCCGCCGUCCGCGCCCCCGACCGCGGGCUUCGGCAACCAGGCCAACAUCAACCACGCGGGCAACGGCGCCGCGAACGGCGCCGGCCUGGUGAACGGGCACAGCAAGAAGGCGCCGGCCUCGAAGAACCGCCCGAAGCGCCUCAUGGAGCGCGUCGACAACACGGGCCUCCUGCUCGACUUCGCGACGGUCCUCAACAGCAGCGGCAUCACGGUGCGCAGCGCGAUCAUUCAGCAGCAGAGCGAGGUCGACGACGACUGCAUGUGCCUGCUGAAGCACCUCGACACGAUGCGGCAGGGCGGGGACGUCGUGGUGUACGUGUUCAAGGUCACGGACGCCACUGGCUCGAAGCUGGACUUCUCGCUGGCAAGUGGGCUCAUGUACAGCAUGGAGAUGGUGCUGGCGUCGGCGCCGGGGGCGGGGCUGAGCGGCGUGCGCGGGGCGUCGUCGCCGCUCGCGCAAACGAUCUCGAGCCCGGCGCAGUGA